UCGCAAAUGAAUAGAAUACAUCACUACUGUUCAUAGCAAUAGCGUAUGCCAAUGCAUUAGAAGAAUUUUAACCCAUUAAUUAACCUCAAAUUCGGUUGAUGUAAGGCUUCAAUAUAAUUUAAAGUUCAUUUCUAAUAACAUUGCCGAGAGAGCCUGUUCCAAGCCACUUGUUUUUCUAAUGAUUGCUAUCGCUCCAAUUCUUCGUUAUUCAAUCUGAUUGGAGCAUCUAAUCAUGGCGUGAAUGCCGUCGUACACUCGUGAAAACAAAGGCAACUUGAAAUCGUAAUUAAGAUUUGUGACCUAGUUAUUAUUUUUUAGAAUAAUUAUGAAAUGAUGCUGUUUAAGGUAGCUUAUAACAAUUUGUGAAAUUGUCAUAAUAUUGAGAUUUUUUAUUCGGGCCUUGGUCAUGUCCAAAGCAGUAGCGAGAAAAUAGAAUAGAUGAAUGCGUUCGUGUGCAUCUUACGCUACCGUCCAAUGCGUGACGCUCAUCUGUUUAAUCAUAGCUAAAGAUUACAAACAUUGUUGCCCGUUGAUACGUUAUCUUGCUGAGCGUAUUCCCUGCAUGCUGUGACAUCUUCACGCGCUACAUCUUGUCUGGAAGAACAAGCGUUUCCCAGUUAGAACUGAACUGUCCUCCAGUAUCAGUGUGUAACGUUCAGGUUCUAUUAAGAUUGUUAGCCACGGCGUUUCAUUUGCAUUUUAUCAUCACCGAACAUGAUAUUUUUCGUCGAUAACUACUCUACGAUGGAUGACGAUGACGAUGUGUGCCUAGACUAUGAUUGGUCAUCGGAUGCUAUGUCUGUGAAGAGCAUAGGGAGUGAUUCCAGUCGAUCUGAUGACAUGGACCAUAACGGCGAGCGCCUCUCUUUGGCAUACGAACGCCUGUCUCAAAUACCCCGCAAAAUAGCAGAAAAGUUUUCCCGCACAACGACGAUACUCGACUUGAGUUAUAAUGAAAUUAAGGAUUUAUCAUUUUUAGUCCACUUCCGUCAGCUUAACUCGCUUAUUCUGGAUAAGAACCCUCACCCGGACGAGCGAACGCUACCAUCACUCCCGAAUCUCGAGCUACUGUGGCUUAACAACUGUGAUAUUGGUAACCUGCACAACUGGAUUUAUCGCAUCCGGGAGUGCUGUCCUUCCCUGAAGUACCUAUCACUGAUGGGUAAUCCCAGUGCAACGUCAUCCUUCAAUGGUAACUCCACUCUUGAGCACAAUGACUAUCGAUUGUUCGUGAUCAGCAUUCUUCCACAAUUGCGCUACCUUGAUGACAGCGAAGUGACCAUGUCGCAACGAGCGCAGGCGAGAAGCUUUAAGCAUACGUACAACCUUAAUCAUGGUCAAUACAAUAUUUUUGAAACGGCCGGACGACGCCUCCAGUCUCCAGUCAUGGUGCCCGUUCCAUUGCAAAUGACAAAUAUCGCAUCGACUACAGCGACGAAUCAGAAAAAUGCAAAAAAUCGCAAUCGAAGAAGAGGUCCAGUUCCAUCUGAUAACUCGUAAUGUUCUGUAACCAUUUCGCCCUUAACCCUAAGAACGUUCCCCAGACAAAUGAAAAAAUAAGAUAAAAUAAACGAUCAAAAGAACGAAUAGUUCUGCAUUGUGUUAUCAGUUAAGUUUGAAAUAAAUGUAACAAUGGUCAAAAUGUCACUUUCAUUGUAUAAAUUAC